AUGCCAGAAAGGCUGGAGUUGAGAGUCGCGCGUCCUGUAUGUGAUGCUAUGUCGCCUCAGCCAUCAGAAGCUGUGGAGGUCACAGCGCCGCAUGCCAAGCGAAGCUGCAAGGGCCUUACGCCUCUCGACGUCCAUCACAUUAUGGAGUGGCCGGGCUGGAGAGUUGUUUUGGAUUCGGAGUUGCGCGACGCAGGUGGUGUUUUAUCUUGGAGAGCGCUUCAGGACAGGAUGCGAAAACGUUACGUGUCAGAGGUCGGCACUGGCGGACCAUAUAGUCUGAUAGGCACUUGUGCGUUGGCAGUAAUACCUCCCGAAUAUUUGAGCGCAGCGGACGCACUCGUGCGCCUCCCACCUAUAGAUGCUGACAUCGCGACGGCGCAGAAACAGCUUCAAUAUCAUUGUCAUAAGUUCGAACAUAAUCGGGACAUAACAGCUCUGAUCAACAGGUACAGCAGGAAAGUUACAUUUUGGAAGGCUCGCGAGCAGAUCCCAACUAUAAUGAAACACGCAGUUCAUGUUGCUGCAUGGGUGGCAUUUGCAAGUGAUCUUGGCGAGGAAGUUCUUCGCGCCAUUGUGUUGCUUCUGGCAGACAUGCUUUCGGCAUUGGGACAAAACCAUCCGAUUCCCCGCCUUCUAUUGGCGCUGCGGCACGCAGCAGACCGUCUUCAGCAUUUCCGUGAUGAGGCGGGCGCUCCGCAUUGGACAGCGACUACACUAGAGCGAGUAAAUGAGAUCCUGGGCCGCGCACCUGCAGUCGGAUACGCUGGAAUGGCCCGAAGCUCCUGUCAUGCUACCCCACGCAGUCGAGCGUGGACCGAUGCCAGCGGAGUUGAACGGAGACUGCGGGCGACCCAGCAGCCUCGAGGCGCCACAGCGGCGCUGUGGGCUCCGCGCAGCGCCAUGCCCGGCGCCACGGUGGGGGCCUGCCUCGCGACGAUCGGCCUUGGCUCCAGGGCUCUGACAGCUGCGUCGCAAUUGCAGAGGAGUGGCCGGUCAUCAAGCGGGCGUACUUCAAGAAGGUAUUGGUCAGCCACCCCGACAAGGGCGGGAGUGCGGCAGUCUUCCGGGACGUGCGGGUGUCCUUCGAGGUGCUUCGGAGGAUGUUCGUGA